UUCCAUGGUGAUGUAGAAUGAGGACGUGUGUGUGUGUUGUGCGAGAGAAAGAGAGAGAAUGGUAUCUACACGUCACUUUGAUUCCGCAACUAAGCUUUUCUCUCUCUCAUUCUCUCAUUCUCUCAUUCUCUCAUUCCAUCACCUACUUUCGCUCUCUUUUGUCAUUCUUGCCUCUUGCUUGCCUCUAUUCAUAAACCCUUCUCUAGUCAUUCGCUUGUUCGCUGCCAGAUGGGUGGAGAAAUGAUAUUUGAACACACAGACAGUCGACCUGUGGGAUAUGAGAUGCCCGAAUACCAAAGCAUCCUUGAUGGUAUCCGGCAGGCGACAGCACAUCUCAAGCCGCCUGCACCGACCUCCGCCGCUUUGAAAGAUGUGGAUUUGGAGCGCUACGAAUUGUGCUUGGAUCUUGGGAAGCCCUAUUUUAUCCUCUUCCCUAAGAACCCCGACACUCACAAAGUCCUGUCCCGGAUGCAUGCACGUAGGAUGUCCUCUUCCUUCAAAGCCCUAUUGGACCCCUGGUUGGAGAAGCUGUCUAGGUCGUUCAGUUGCUUCUCGUUGGAGUAUGGAGAUGGCUAUGACGGAUACGGUUUGGAGUUUGAGCUUUAUGAGCCCGACUAUGGCAGUGCUUAUGAUGAAGAUUGGAAUCCGGACUACACAGCAUGCAGCUCGGAUGACUGCGGCAUGUGUGGCAAGUGCGAUUAUUAAAAAGGCUUUCACCCGGCUCCAAAGGCUCCAACCCCUUAUACCCCUUAUACCCCUUAUACGGAAAGUAUAUGGUUACUGAAUAAACUCCUUCUCAAUCCCUCUCAGGGACUCUCGCAGCA